AAGCGGAAGCGGUGUGUGGCAAGAGCAAGCGGUUUAAUUACACCCGCCCCUCCACCUUCAUGUUAGUCGCAUUUCCCUUUUUCCGGACUCUUCGUGCCAGUUAUUGGGAGGCGUAACCGUCACCCUCGCCCCUCACGAGAGACAGCCGCCUAACCGUCGGUUCCGCCUCCGCCGCCCUUUCCGCUGCAACCCCGCCCCGCCCCUUCGCUCGAGCGGUACCGUGGCCUUUCGCGCCGAGUCCCGGUCAGGGCGGCUGCCGCUAUGUCCGACAAGGAGUUCAUGUGGGCCCUCAAGAAUGGCGACCUGGACGAGGUGAAAGACUACGUGGGCAAGGGUGAAGAUGUUAACCGAACAUUGGAAGGUGGGAGAAAACCUCUUCACUAUGCAGCAGAUUGUGGACAGCUUGAGAUUCUGGAGUUUCUUCUAUUAAAGGGAGCUGAUAUUAAUGCUCCAGAUAAGCAUAGUAUCACUCCACUUCUUUCAGCAGUUUAUGAAGAUCAUGUGUCCUGUGUGAAAUUACUUCUGUCAAAGGGUGCUGAUAAGACUGUGAAAGGGCCAGAUGGACUAACUGCCUUUGAAGCCACUGACAAUCAGGCAAUCAAAGCUCUUCUUCAGUGAUGGAUGGACUGAGAUCUAAUGUCUCUCCUGUGGCCUCACACUGCUGCCUGUCUAUCACUCUUUGUAUUUUCCAGCUUCUUCAGCUAAAUAUUGGAGAGGGAGGAAAAAAAACACAGUAAAUCAGUCUAGUUAGGUACCUCUAUCAAAAAGAGAACAUGUUUGGAGAGUAGAAAUACAUAUAAUUGGUGUCUCUUUAGGACUUUUUACCCUGAACAAUUUUCCCCAUUUCUAGCAAAAUUGAACUUAUGCUGUGGAAGGGGAGAAGAAUGUGUUCUGUAAUGUAGCUUGUAAAUGACUUGCUGAAAGUUUGUAAAAUGGAAACUCUGUUCUUUAUUUUCUAAUAUGUAAAAGCAAUUAGUAGCCCAGUACUGUUAAGCCGACAUUUAACAAGCAAGGCAAUGGGAUAGCUUCUCUGUAGUUCUGUCCCUGUGCCGUAAAUAGAUUAUGUAAUGCUGAAGGGUUUUGCUGAUAAUAUCCCUGUAUUUAAUAAUGUCAUUAUUAACAAGGAACAAAUAAUACAAGCAGGGCUAAAUCUCCAGCAGAGGUGCUGGAAGAAAUGAUUAAAAUCAUGGGUUUUCUACCUUCCAAGAUGCAAACCAAUUACUUCUGGAAUAGAGCUUUUGAAAAACUUCUAAUUAAAGUGCCCUCCCCUAGCACAUUGUAAAAUACACUGGAACAAAGUGACUGUUCCAGAUCUGUUGGUGCUAGAAGAUGGUAACUUUGCCUUCUUGAUUUAAAUUCAAAAUACCCUAAUAAAAUGACUCAAAUUAACUUUGUUUUAAAGAAGACAGGAGCUUCUAUUCUCUUAACAUCAUCCUUGCUGCAUUAAUCUGGUUAAAUGCAUGUAUCUUGGAAAGGAGUUUGAUUCACUAUUAAGCUUUUGCAUCUGGCAAUGAUCAAAAUUAUAUACAAUUGAUAAAAUGAUCCUGAACAAUGACAGGUUGCAUUUACUGCCCAGUAACAGAUUAUGAUUUAUACAAGUAAUUUCACAAGUCUUCAAUGUAGUGCUUUUAAAAAUAUUCACAGGUAAGGAUUUGUAGUAUGCUGAUACCUUGAUUGGGAUGCUAGGUUAAAUUGCAUUUGGAUAUUCUUAUUGAAAAAGUCAAUACAUUUUGUAUCAUAAUAUUAAAAACUUCCCAGUAAGAUUUUUAUCGGCUUUGAACAACGUGUGCAAUGCAAUGUUGACUGUCAUCUAGGACAGGGGUUCUCAACCUUGGCAACUUUAAGACUUGUGAACUUCAAUUCCCAGAAUUCCUCAGUCAGCAAAGCUGAGUUGAAGUCCACAAGUCUUAAAAUUGCCAAGGUUGAGAACCCCUGAUCUAGGAAGUUCUGGUGUCUAGCACAUUUCAUGUAAUGAAUGUAGCUUUUGAGUUUAAAAACAUUUAAUUUUUACUAUUGUACCAUCCUCUCACCAGAAAAAAAGAAUCUGGAGAAAUGGACUUGUUAAGCGAUGUUAACAUUGUAUCUUAAAUUGUAUCUUAUUUGUCCCUUAUCACAGAUAUCAUCUGUUAUAUUCAGAUCAGUUAUCUAGCAUCCAUGGGGAAUAAACUUUAUUCUCCAAAGACUGUUUUAAAAGUAGAUCUAUGUAAUAUAUUUUUGUAUUGGUGCAGAAAUGUGAUAUAAAAAUAAUAAACUUUGCAUGCACAGUCUGCAUAAUCACAUAUUCACCUUUUUGUGCUAUGGUAAACUGAAAAAAUGUUAAUCCAAUAAAUUGAAUUUUAGAUUAAUCUUAAAAUUAAACAUAUUUUGUCACAAUUGGCAUGGCCUAAUUGACAUUUGCCCUGAAGGGAUGUGAAAUGUUACCAUUCUAUUCUAGUAAGGCAUAAAUUAUGAUUAUCAAUAGUUUGUUCAAAUAUUUCUUCCAUUCUCUCUCUCUCUCCCUCCCUCCCUCCCUCCGUCUGAUAUGUUGGAGCAUUUGUGCCUCUUCUCUUUCGCACAACUCAUUUUGCUCAUGUUUUCCUUACACAUCUACAGGUAGAUUCCAAUAAAUAGCUCUUAACACCUGUCUUAUACUUGUUUGUUCAGGGUUAUUAAAUAUAUAUGUGCCCUUUCUCUGCUAUUCAUUUAAAAAAAUCAGGCUAACUUUAGAUUUUUUUUAAUUUGUACUAGAUGUGAUUUGUAUUCUAAAAUUUUUGCCAGUAUCUGAUAAUACUAGCUCUUGGUGAACACUCUUGAAGUAUCCCAUCCCAACCCCCAUUUAAAGGAGUCAUCAGCACUAGUUAGCAAUCUAGAAAUCCAGUGCAGUAUCGGUCUCCUUCCUUUCUGAUUUCUGUUUAAGAUGAUUUACCAUUUUAAAACUUUCUGCUCUUUGUUAUAGGCAUUGCUUUCAUGACUUGGUUUUUGUUCUUCAAUACAGUACUAAGUAGAUGAAUUGAUUAAUAGAAGAAGCUGGUAAGAAUAGAAUGACCUAGUUGAGCAAUUCCAGUGUUGCAUGCAGAAUCUUCAACUGAACAGUCUUAUAUUUUAUAAAUGGGAAAACAAUCAUCUUUCUACUCCAGUGAUGGGGGAAAAUAGUGCUUUGUGCAUUUUGAUAUUUGACUUUUUUCCACAAUGUAACUAUUUUGACACAGUUUGGUUUAUUAUUAUCAUGGUUCAUAGACAUCAGACUGCUAAAUGAUACAGUGUUUGUGUUGCAGGAAUGAAUGGAAUAAACUUGAAUUGUGUUAUAGAAAAA